AUGUUCUGCAACUCGGUAGGUACUCUUACGACUAGGUACUACUCUACCACUGGCGCCGGCUGCCAACUUGAACGCACAACCAGCUGCGCGCUCGGCUGCCUAUCAGUGGCUGUCGCUGCAUCACGUUGCCUUGCGAGCUUUGCAAACACAAUGAGCUCUUCUUGCGAAUGUGUCAUCCACUACUGCUUUCGGCAAUCCGGCUUUACUUCAAUGGUCGAAUUCAAAAACCACGCAGCCAUCGGCGGGACUGGCGAUCGCACGGUAUAA